UCAGGCUCAAGUAUUUUAAAAAUGCUAGUCGCGGUUAUUGGCGCCGGUGCUGCAGGUCUCGCAUCUGCAAGACAUCUUUCAUCCCAAAAAAUCAAGUGUGAAGUGUUUGAAAUGACAGCUGAAUUAGGUGGUACUUGGGUUUACACCGAUAAGGUGGGAACGGACUGUUACGGGUAUCCCAUACACACAGCCAUGUAUAAAAAUUUAAGGAUAAAUUUGCCAAAGGAAGCCUCGGGUUUUCCAGAUUUUCCAAUUCCAGAAGAGGGUGAAUCUUAUGUGUCACAGGAAGUUGUUCUACGUUUCCUGAACGGUUAUGCGGAUCACUUUAAAUUAAGACAAUUUAUAAAAUUCAACCACGUAGUCGCUGAAAUUCGCCCAUUUGGCAAUAAGUGGGAAGUGAAAGCACUAAAUAAAAUCACCCAACAGACAACCAUAAAAGUUUAUGACAGUGUUAUGGUCUGUAACGGCCACUACAACUCACCGAUUUUUCCAACCUUGCAAGGGGUCAAAAAAUUCAAUGGGCGCAUCAUCCAUAGCUACAAUUACCGCGCAAACACCCCGUAUAAAAAUCAAAGAGUAUUGAUAAUAGGUGGGGGACCAUCGGGCCUCGAUAUUGGUUCCCAAAUUUCAGAAGUGGCAAAACAAGUCGUAAUAAGUCACCGAAAAAAAUUACCAAAUGGUGAAUUUCCACCCAAUGUGAUAAAAAAGCCAGAAGUCCUCGAAGUCAACAACGAAGGACAGGUCGAGUUUGUUGAUGGGACUACUUUUGCGUUUGAUAGUAUUUUAUAUUGCACGGGGUAUAAGUACAACUUUCCCUUUCUCCAUGACGAUUGUGGGGUUACAGUUGAGGAAUUCUAUCACGUUAAACCCCUCUACAAACACAUGAUACACAUUGAGAAACCCACAAUGUGUUUUAUUGGCAUUCCGUUUAAUGUUUGUGCGUUUCAAAUGAUGGAUAUUCAAGCACGUUUUUAUUGCCAAUAUCUGAACGGGACGAUGGAGUUGCCACCUAAAGAGUUAAUGUAUAAAGAGGUCGAAGAGGAUUUAGCUAUUCGCAAAGCUAAAGGUUACUCCAAAAGCCAAAUGCAUAAACUGGCAAGAGACCAACAAACAUAUUUCGACAGUUUGGCGGUUAGUGCAAAAAUCACGUCUGUGCUUCCGGUGAUGUGCAAAAUAUGGAACCACGUUGAAACAAGUAUUUUAAGUAAUUUUGGAAGUUUCAGGAAACAAAACUUCACUGUUCUUAAUGAUGAGUCUUUUGUUGUAGAGCGUCAUACAGUUUAGUAUCAAGAAUUGUAAUUAGUCCAUUUUUUAAAUUUUUACUCGUAUUUUAUUGAAAAUCGCAAAUGAAAUAUGUGAUGAUUUUUGGCAAAUCUGAAUUUUUUAUUAUUUUGCAAGGUUAUUUGAAGAUAGCCGCUGCCUUCUACUGUACUUUAUUUUAUUAGCAAUGUUCAUUUUAUGGGUUUGCCGAUCGUACCGGACGCCAGAAUUUUUGCUAAAAGUCUGGAAUUUAUUACUUUGGAUUACCAACUAAUAAGUCAUUUGUGGACUAUCUGGUUCCAACUGACUUUUUUGUCAAUAAAUUAAAAAGAUCAGAA